UUCCGCCUACGGAGUAGUAGAGCGGCGUGCCGCGGGCGGAGCCUCUAGGGCGUCUACAGACUUCACCGGCCGGAGCCCACGAUGGCCGAGGGCGAGGCCCGAGGCCGCCUGUGGCUGGAGAGCCCCCCAGGGGGGGCGCCCCCCAUCUUCCUGCCCACGGACGGGCAAGCCCUGGUCCUCGGGCGCGGACCCCUGACCCAGGUUACAGACCGGAAGUGCUCCCGAAACCAAGUGGAGCUGGUUGCAGACCUAGAGACCCGGACGGUGGCAGUGAAACAGCUGGGUGUUAACCCUACAACUGCUGGGACCCAGGAAUUAAGGCCAGGGUUGGAGGAGUCUCUUGGUGUGGGGGAGACACUGUAUUUGGUCAAUGGCCUCCACCCACUGACCCUGCGCUGGGAUGAUACCCGCACACCAGGCCUCCAACCAGAUUCUCCACCUGGCACCCCACCGGUGACACCUCCCAGGGAGAAGCGGGAGGAGGAGGCCAAACAGCAGAAAAAGAGGAUGCGGACAACAUCCCCAGGUUGGCAGAACUUGGAGAAGCUGCUGGUGUUCACAGCACCUGGAGUAAAGUCUCAGGACAAGGUGGCUGCUUUUGAUCUGGACGGGACACUCAUCAGCACCCGUUCUGGAAAGGUCUUUCCUACCAGCCCCAGUGACUGGAGGAUCUUGUACCCGGAGGUUCCUAGGAAGCUCCAGGAGCUGCAUGCCCAGGGCUACAAGCUGGUGAUCUUCACCAACCAGAUGGGCAUUGGGCGAGGGAAGCUGCCAGCAGAGGAAUUCAAGGCCAAGGUGGAGGCUGUGCUAGAGAGGCUGGGGGUUCCCUUCCAGGUGCUAGUGGCCACGCACGCGGGGCUGUACCGGAAGCCAGUGACUGGCAUGUGGGACCACCUGCAGGAGCAGGCCAAUGAGGGCGUGUCCAUCUCCAUCACAGACAGCGUUUUCGUGGGGGAUGCCGCUGGCCGCCCUGCCAACUGGGCCCCAGGCCGGAAGAAGAAGGACUUCUCCUGCGCGGACCGCCUGUUUGCUCUCAACCUCGGCCUACGCUUCGCCACGCCGGAGGAGUUUUUCCUCCAGUGGCCAGCAGCCCGCUUCGAGCUCCCAGCCUUCGACCCAAGGACUGUCCCGCGGUCUGGGCCCCUCUGUCUGCCGGAGUCCGCCACCCUCUUGAGCACCAGCCCCGAGGUGGUGGUCGCCGUGGGAUUCCCUGGGGCCGGGAAGUCCACCUUCCUCCAGGAGCACUUGGUGUCAGCCGGAUACGUCCACGUGAACAGGGACACGCUGGGCUCGUGGCAGCGCUGCGUGAGCGCCUGUGAGGCGGCGCUGAAGCAACAGAAGCGGGUUGUGAUUGACAACACCAACCCGGACGCCCCCAGCAGGGCCAGGUACAUCCAGUGCGCCCGGGACGCGGCCGUGCCCUGCCGCUGCUUCCACUUUCCUGCCUCGCUGGAGCAGGCGCGCCACAACAACCGGUUCCGGGAGAUGACUGGCUCCUCGCACGCGCCCGUGUCUGAUAUGGUCAUGUUUGGAUACAGGAAGCAGUUUGAGGCCCCCACGCUGGCCGAGGGCUUCUGCGCCAUCCUGGAGAUCCCCUUCCACCUGCGGCUGGAGCCGCGGCUCGAGCGGCUGUACCGCCAGUUCUCGGAGGGCUGAGCUCCGGCCUGUACCCCAAAAUAAAUGUCUAUUUUUGUUCCAA